AUGGACAAGCAGAGGACUGCAUUCAAGACUCCAAUUGGGUUGACUCCAUUCCAAUUGGUAUAUGGGAAGGUUUGUCAUCUUCCGGUGGAGUUGGAGCAUAAAGCCUAUUGGGUCAUGAAGUUCUUAAAUUUUGAUACAUCCUUGUUAGGGGAGAAGAGAAAGCUACAACUUCAUGAAUUGGAAGAGAUGCGACUCAAUGCCUAUGAGUCCUCCAAGAGCUAUAAAGAGAAAGUGAAGGCCUAUCAUGAUAAGAAGUUGGUGAAAAGAGAUUUCAAACUCGGUCAACAAGUGCUUCUACUCAACUCAAGAUUCCAAUUAUUUCUAAAGAAGCUGAAAUCCAAGUGGUCAGGCCCAUUUACCAUCAAAGAAGUGAAAGCUUAUGGGGCAAUUGAAAUUGAAGACCCAUCCUCACAAAGGAGUUGGGUAGUGAAUGGCCAAAGACUCAAGCCUUAUUUGGGUGGUGAAGUUUUGAGGAUGACCACCGUCAUGCACCUUAGUGAAGCCUAG